AUGUCUAUAUCCCCUUCUACGCCUGCGUCAUCACCGCCACCUGCCACUAUGGAAAAGGAAAACGUGCCACAAUCGAUGCAGGAGGAAGAAGAGCGCAUGAGGAUACAGCGCGAGAAAGAAGACGCGAAACGCGACGCGCAAUUAGAGAAGGAGAGAAAGGCAGACAUUAAGAGUGGCAAGGAGGUAUUGGAUAAAAAGUUCCAGCAAUUGGAGUUUCUCAUGAACAAAUCGAAGUUGUAUGCGUCAGUGAUGCUCCAGCAAAUGCAAAAGCAGGAGGAAGAGGAAGAGGCGCAAGACAAGAAGAGUAGAGGCGAGACCUCUGCACGUGAAAGGAACGCGGAGAAGACGGCAGCCGAAUCGCAGAGACGAGCCACGCGCAGAAGCACAGCAAACGAAACGGCGACAGCGAAUACGGAAGAAGCAGACACGGUACCGAAGAAAGGACGCGGGCGACCCAAGAAACAAGAUACCAAAGGUCGAGGAGGACCAAAGAGGCAGCAAUCGGACAUAUCUAGUUACUUCAGUAAAGAAGAGCUGAAGAAAAAGGCAGAUACUGCAGAGGCAACAGAAGACGACAAAGACAAUGUUAAGACGGGCGAUAUCGGAAUGACGAACCUGAAGUCUGCAAGACAGCCCAAACUCGUCACCGGUGGCACAAUGCGAUCAUACCAGCUGGAGGGGCUCGAGUGGAUGGUAUCGCUAUACAAUAACGGUAUCAAUGGUAUUUUGGCUGACGAGAUGGGUUUGGGCAAGACUAUACAGACAAUUUCCAUGCUGGCUCAUCUUUGGGAAAACAAAUCGUAUGGUCCUUUUCUUAUUGCCGCACCACUCAGUACCACGAGCAAUUGGGUUGCGGAAUUUGAGAAGUGGACGCCAAGCAUGCCGGUCAUGCUUUACCACGGCGACAAGAAAGAGCGUGAGAGACUGCGCAGAACUCGAUUACGGAACCCCGGCACAGCUGACUUUCCCAUCAUGGUUACAAGCUAUGAAAUCUGCAUGAACGACCGCAAAUACCUUACAAGUUUCGGCUGGCAGUUCAUCAUCAUCGACGAGGGGCACCGCAUCAAGAAUCUCGAUUGCAGGCUGAUUCGUGAGCUGCAACAAUUUCAAUCCGCAAAUCGUCUGCUUAUUACAGGUACACCGUUACAGAACAACCUGACAGAGCUGUGGUCACUGCUUCAUUUCCUUCUACCUACAGUGUUCGACAAACUCUCUACAUUUGAGAGCUGGUUCGACUUUUCAGGGUUGAAGGACAAGGCCAGUUUCGAACAGUUGCUAUCGGAAGAACGUCAGCAAUAUUUGGUCAAGUCACUGCAUGCAGUGUUGAAGCCUUUCCUGUUGCGUCGCGUCAAGACAGAUGUCGAAAGCUUAAUGCCCAAGAAGCGCGAGUACGUCUUGUAUGCACCAUUGACCUCAAUGCAACGUGAGCUUUACCAAGCCAUUCUUGAUGGUACCAGCCGGUCUUAUCUUGAGGACAAGGCAGUGGAGAGACUCAGUAUCGGUCUCAGUAGUCGAGCGGGGACGCCGUUGAGCAUUCGCAGUAACAACGGUAGUAAUAAGCGUAAAGCUCUGAGCGACAUGGGUACUCAUAACAAGAGUGCAAAGACUUCCCGUGCUGGGACACCUUCGUCUGUUGCAUCGACCCGAAGCCGAGGUCGACCAAAGAAGAAUUAUGAAGAGGUCAGCGACCAAAAGUACUUCGCAAACUUGGACAAGCCAGAGUCAGAAGAGGAGAACGACGAAGAUCUUAGCUCGGAUGCCGAGGACGAGAAGAUACGCGCAGCAACAUUCGAAAUCGCGAAACGUCAACUCAUGCAGAAGAAGCUUGGUAAUCCCAUCAUGCAGCUUCGGUUAUGUUGUAAUUCGCCAUACAACUUCUUCAAUCCAUUCAUCAAAGUCGACACGGAUGGGGCUGAGACUUUUGCAUCAGAGACAGAACCAGAUGAGACGCUCGUAUCAACCUCGGGCAAGAUGCUUCUACUGGAUUCCAUUCUUCCUGAGCUUAUAGCCCGUGGUCACAAAGUUCUCAUCUUCUCCCAGUUCACAACAACCCUCGAUCUCCUUGGUUACUAUUUGAAUCUCCGCUCCUGGAACUAUUCUCGCAUAGAUGGUUCUGUAGCACAAACCGACCGGCAGGAUCAAAUUCUGGCAUUCAACAAACCGUCAUCUGCCGCAAAAGAAGCAGCCGAUAUUUUCAUAUUGUCCACACGUGCAGGCGGCCAAGGCAUCAAUCUAGCAGCGGCGGAUACGGUCAUACUUUUUGACAGCGAUUGGAACCCGCAACAGGAUCUCCAGGCCAUGGACCGCGCACAUCGUAUUGGCCAAACACGCAAUGUCAUUGUUUACCGCUUUGCGACACGCAACACCGUAGAGCAGAAACUUCUUGAGUCUGCUGAAGCGAAACGUCGUCUGGAAAAGCUCGUCAUCCGGAAGGGUGGUGUGCGGAAUGAUCGAGGUGGAACAAGAAGCUCAGAGAAGGAGCAGGAACUUGAAGAACUCCAGAAGCUUUUAAGGAGAAGUGAUGGAGAAAAGUACGAUAUCAACGAGGCGAGUCACGGUGGAACAUUAUUGAGCAAAGAAGAGUUGGAAAUCUUGUUGGAUAGGAGUGAUGAGGCAUAUGAGCGAGCGGAGAAGGGAUUGGAUGUUGGUGGAGACGGCGCUGUUUUUCAGGCUGUGGGGAAGAGGGAAGAAGGUGCACUCAUGGAGGGAUUGCGGACGUAA